AUGUUUAAUCCAAAUUGUAUCAAGACAUUAAGGACUAUGAGUGCAUCCUCAUAACGAUCUACUUAAAAUAAACUUUUGAUGGAAGAAAUUGAUUCUGCAAUUUAGGAUUUGAGAGAAUGGAAAAAAAAUGAAAAUCUUGAAUUGAAAAAAUAACUUAUGGAAAAUCAAUAGACUUAAAAAAUCAUCUAUAAAAGUGGAUAUGAAAUUGAUGAAGAAGAAGAGGAUACUAGAUAAGAAGAAUUAUUAUAAUAAUAAACAGAUCUAAAUAAUAAAUUAUAAAAGAUUAGACAAGAAUAUAUGAAAGAAUAUCUAAAAAUUCCUAAAUAUAUGGCUAGUGAAUAAAAAACAUAAGAAGUAACACAAAAAUUAUAAGAAAGUUCUUAAAGAUUAGAAAAUUUAGAAAAUUAUCCAAUUAAUUAACUUAAUCUUAAUAAAAUGGAUGAUGAUAUCUUAUUAAAGCUAACUUAAUGGAAAGCUUAACUUGCAGAACUUGAUUAAGUUUCUGAAGAAAAAGAAUCAAUAUAAUAAGAUUAAUAAAGUGAUUAAAGUGGCUAAGUAACAGCUAAUAUGAAAUAAAAAAUAUAAUAAGAAUUAGAUUAAUUUUAAAAAUUUGAAUAGACAAUUUCAAAAGAAUAAUAAGAAAAAUAAGAAUUUAAUUAACAUAUUCAAUAAGAAUUGAAUGAUCUUGACAAAGAUUUUGAUGAAAUAGAUUCAUUAUUAAAUUAAUGUGGAAUCAAAUGA